GAGAAUUUGUGUGUUUGUAUGGAGAGGCUACCAAUGGGAGCAACUACAACAAGAAGGGCUAAAUGGAAAUACCCACCGCCACAACCAGCCCCAAAGAUCCUUCAUUUGCCACCACACAGGCCUACAAGGAAAGCGCCAAAGCCAAAGGCAAGCCCUUCAAAUUCAAAGUUACCAACUUUACACAAUGAGACAAAAGGGAUGAUGCUGGUGAGUUUGUUUGAUCAGGAAAGGUCUUUCACAAGAGGGGUUGAUCCAAUGGUGCUGGUGAGUCCAAGUGAUGAUGAAGACAUGAGAAGAAAGAGGGUGGUGGUGGAGGAGGAGGAGAACAGAGAAAACAGUAGUGUAUCUUUAGUUGAAGAAGAGAAAUGGAGAUUCCAAGCUGAGAUUUUGAGAGCAGAGUGUAAUUUAUCGAGGAUGGAAAGAGAUAUUGCUGUCAAGAAAAUGGAGAGGACCCUGAAAUCUACUGUUCAAACUUUGAUUUAUGUAAGAAACAUCUGUGAAGGAAAGAAUGUGAUGCUGAUAUUGGAGGAGCAGAUCGAUAAACUGUCGGGAAAACUCGAAAAACUGCAAAAGAGGUCAAGGGUUAAAGACCUGGAGGUUGAAAAAUGUAGUAACUUUGAUGAACAAGUAUGUUUUCUCCAAAGACGGCACAAGAAGUUCGAAGGGUUCUCUGAGGAAGAAGUAUGCGUGAAGGAGAUUCGGCAGAUGGCGGAAGCGAGCUUGUCGAUUAGAACGAGUAGUGAAGGGGAUGAGAGCUUUGUUUCGAAUGGAAACAACAAUCAGGUGGAAUUUCUGAGAAGAAAGAUGGAGAGAUUGUCAAAAGGGGUUCUGUUAGAGAGAAUGGAGGAGGAUUAUGGUUCCAUGCUCUCCACAACUAACAGUUCAGUCCCGAGUUCUGCUUCCAGUUCAAAGAGGAUUGAUUAUUCGGAUUUGUCGCUGUCAUCGACACAACAAUCAUACAAGGAGAAAAUGUCCCUUGAAGCAAGAGUGUGUUCAGGAAACUGCAAGGCUAUAGUACAGAGAAUUGUCAAGCAAGUUCGUGCCGAGAUGGAACAAUGGUCCCAGAUGAAAGAGAUGCUGGGGCAGGUAAGGGAUGAGAUGGAAGAACUGCAGAAAUGUCGAGAUUUUUGGGAAGAUCGAGCACUUGAUUCAGUCUAUCAGAUUCAAUCCUUGCAAUCUGUUGCGAAAGAAUGGAAACGGAAAGCUAUCUCGUCCGAAGCAAAGGCUAAUGAGCUACAGGCACAAAUAUCCGUCCUUCACGAAGAGAUCGAGAGAUUGCAAAUCGAAAGAGAUAGAAAAACCGCGAGGGCCAGAAAUACUUCAAUUAACCAAGAAGUACAAAAUGAAACAGAGAAACGGGUACUCGUGUGUCGCUUAAAGGAAAACCAUUGUGCGGAUGAUGAUGGCUGCAAGGCUCAGAGUUGCACUGCUGCCGGACUUCUUCCCCGACGAUCUCCCCUUAGAGAAAUCGGUAACAUGUCGGCAUUGAUGAAGCAACAUGGUGAAGGAAUCAUGCCAUUGUUUUGCCUUUCGAGAGAUCCGGAAAUGUAACAUUCAUUCUAGACGAGCUGGUCCCGAUCAGUAGGGCUAUCUAAACGGUCGGUUCGUAGAUUUAAUCUGUUCCAAACCUUACGAACACACAAAGUGCAGCAUGAGCAGUACAUCUGUGGGGUGAUUUUGAAGCAUUUCAUUAUUUUAGUGCUUCUUUCCCUCAUCUCAAAUAGAGUCUAUAAGAGA